CAUCGCCACCGCCACCACCUUCGUUUGGUGUUUACCUCCUCCUCCUGCUCUCUCUCUCUCUUCCUUCCUUCCUUCCUUCCUUCCAAAUUGGCAAGACCCGCCGCCUCCCUUCCCCCACACGUUCUUCCCCACUUCGCAUGAGCUCUCCAUCUCUCUCCCUCCCUCCCUCUCCCUCCCUCCCUCCCUCCACCGCACACCGCACAACACAACAACACACAGCCAAGCAAGCGCACCGCCAUACCUCUCGGAAGUCUCCACGGGUAAAUCUCGCGCCUUGUGCUGCUGCGUAGCCGCGCUGUCCUUCAAUGGCCAUCGUGGACGCCCGCGAGAGCGUCGGCACUGUCCAGACCAUCGCCCCCGCCGCCCCCGCCCCCAGCGCCGACGCCGAUCCCGGCCUCUCCCUCCGCAGGAGGCGCUGCGGCGCCGGCGGCGGAGCGGCCUCCGGUGCCGGAUCGGAGGCGGGCGCGCCCGACGACGCCGCCGCUGAGGACGUGGCCGGGGAUUCGCGGCGCGGCGGCGGCGACGACUCCGCGGCCAAAUCGGCUUGCUACGACGGCAGGGAUCGCGGCGCGGGCGGUGCCGACGGGCCGGCGGAGUCGUCGAAUUCCGCGAGCAACGGGAAGGAUUCGGACGUGAAGGCCCUGGGAGGGGACGGCCGGGGGCGGGAUUCGGUGGCGGCGAGGUUCGCGUGUCGGCCCUCGGCUCCGGCUCACCGGACAGUGAAGGAGAGUCCUCUCAGCUCCGAUAAUAUAUUCAAGCAGAGCCAUGCAGGUCUCUUCAACCUCUGUAUAGUAGUGCUUGUUGCGGUUAACAGCAGACUUAUCAUCGAGAACCUAAUGAAGUAUGGAUGGUUAAUUAAAUCGGGUUUCUGGUUUAGUUCAAGAUCCUUACGAGAUUGGCCGCUUCUCAUGUGUUGUCUUACUCUACCGAUUUUCCCCCUUUCUGCUUUUACCGUGGAAAAGUUGGCACAACAUAAGUAUCUUCCAGAGCCAGUUAUCGUCUCUCUCCACAUUAUUAUAACAACAGGCUCCCUUCUUUAUCCAGUUCUUGUGAUCCUCAGAUGUGAUUCCGCUGUUCUAUCGGGUGUCACACUGAUGCUUUUUGCCUGCAUUGUGUGGCUAAAAUUGGUAUCAUAUGCUCACACAAACUAUGACAUGCGGUCUCUUGCCAAGUCGGUUGAGAAGGGUGAUGUUGUUCCUAAUUCUUUGAAUUUGGAGUAUCCGUACAAUGUUAGCUUAAAGAAUUUGGUGUACUUCAUGGUUGCUCCUACAUUGUGCUACCAGCUCAGCUAUCCUCGCACUUCAUGUGUUCGAAAGGCUUGGGUGGCUCGCCAACUUGUCAAGUUAGUAAUAUUCACAGGAGUCAUGGGGUUUAUCAUUGAACAGUAUAUUAAUCCUAUAGUCCAGAACUCACAACACCCUUUGAAAGGAAACCUUUUAUAUGCCAUUGAGAGAGUUUUGAAGCUUUCAGUUCCGAAUCUAUAUGUGUGGCUCUGCAUGUUCUACUGUUUCUUCCACCUCUGGUUAAAUAUACUUGCAGAACUUCUUCGUUUUGGUGACCGUGAAUUCUAUAAAGACUGGUGGAAUGCAAAAACAGUGGAGGAGUACUGGAGACUGUGGAAUAUGCCCGUUCACAAAUGGAUGGUUCGCCACAUAUAUUUUCCUUGCUUGAGAAAUGGGAUACCAAAGGGAGUUGCUGUUCUGAUUGCCUUUUUAGUGUCUGCCAUCUUCCAUGAGUUGUGCAUCGCGGUCCCUUGCCACAUAUUCAAGUUUUGGGCAUUUAUUGGCAUUAUGUUCCAGGUUCCUCUGGUGCUGAUCACCAAUUACCUUCAAAAUAAGUUCAACAACUCGAUGGUGGGCAAUAUGGUCUUCUGGUUCAUAUUCUGUAUUCUCGGCCAACCGAUGUGCUUGCUCUUGUAUUACCACGACUUGAUAAACCGGAAAGGGAAAAUCGAUUGAACUUCACCAACUCCUCUCGCCGGAUAACGGAGCUGGCCAGUCCCAGGCUCCAAUUUCGGGCUCCCCGUUGUAUCUUUCACUCGUACAUAUUCGUCACAAAUUUCGGGUGACUUUGUAAUGAAAGGAGGGGAGCAAAGGCAGUUUUUAAGCA